AUGGCAAACAAGAUUUCUGAUGAUCCUUUUGCUUACGAUGUUUGUGGACCUAAACAGCUUUCUACUCCAGGCCUGACUGAGAUUUUCAGUUCUAGCUGGAAGAAUUCAGACCACAAGAGAAAAGUAUUAGCUUGUUUUAUACAAGCAGUGUAUCUACUUGAACUAGACAGACAAACGAAAAGGACACCACAAACUUCUCUUGCUCCAAAAUGGUUGGAACCCUCUAAUUACAAGCUAUCACAAACCCUCACUGAUGAAAGAGACGGGUCAAUUUUUGGUGCAGUCUUAGAAUGGGCUGGUUAUGGAGUAUUAAGACCUAGUGGUGCACCAAAAGCUAUUUUAGCACUUAGAGGGACAUUAAUGUACAGCACAACAAUGAGAAGAGAUUUCACAGAUGAUCUUCGGCUUUUUGUACGUAAAAACUUGGAAGGAUCUGUAAGAUUUAAUGCGUCUUUGAAAGCUUUGAAAUUGUCCGUGGAUAGAUUUGGUUAUUGGAAUGUUUGCAUUGCAGGGCAUUCGUUAGGAGCUGGUUUUGCGAUUCAAGUAGGUAAAGCAUUAGCAAAAGAAAAAGUUUUUAUGGAGACCCCUUUUUUUAAUCACAAAAUUGAUGCUUUGAAUUUUCAAGUUCUUUCUAUGGUCAUGCAUUCUACUGACUCAUGUUCAAUUGCAGAUACUCUUCAUUUUUUUAUGCUAAAACUUGAAUGA